AGGUGACUGUGUCGUAUCCUGGAGCCAUGCUGAAUCUGCUUGUACAUAAGCAUUUCACCAAUCAUCAAUAUCAGGAUUUGGUUGACAAGGACAAAUUAACCUACAGCACCAAAAGUGAGAACUCCAUUUUCUUUGAAGUGGAUGGGCCCUACAGAGCGAUGAUUCUGCCGUCGUCAACGGAGGAGGAUAAAUUGCUAAAGAAACGAUACGCCGUUUUCAACCACGAUGGCUCGUUAGCUGAGCUCAAGGGAUUCGAACUUAAGCGCAGAGGUGAGCUGCAGAUCAUCAAGUCAUUCCAGGAACAGCUGUUUGCCAAGUUUUUAGAGG